AUGAAGGACCAAGUGGAUUAUUCCUUGUACCUCGUCACUGAUUCCACAGAGGCUAUUUUGGGCUCACGGGAUCUUGUCCAGGUCGUUGAACAGGCUCUUCUUGGAGGUGUGACCGUGGUACAAUACAGAGACAAGACCAGUGACACAGGAGACCUGAUCAAGACUGGAAAAGCGCUCCACGAAAAAUGCAGAAAGCACAAUGUGCCUCUGGUCAUCAACGACCGAGUCGACGUUGCCCUCGCAGUAGGAUGCGAAGGUGUCCACUUAGGUCAGGAUGACAUGAACGUCAGUGAAGCACGCAAACUGCUGGGUGACGAUAAGAUCAUAGGGGCUACCGUGUCUUCUAUAGAAGAAGCACGCAUAGCUGUCGAGCGAGGUGCAGACUACCUGGGGAUCGGCACGCUCUAUGCUACUUCAACCAAGAAGAAUACAAAAGAUAUCAUUGGCAUCAAUGGUAUCCGGAGGAUUCUACGGUACCUUGAUACGAAAGGUGGGGCAUCCAAAAACGUCAAGACAGUCUGCAUAGGCGGCGUCAACGCUCUCAACGUGCAAAGAGUUCAUUACCAGCUCCACGCUCCCUCAGACGCAAAGACACCCAAGUCUAUCGACGGUGUCGCCGUGGUAUCCGCAAUCAUUGGCGCCGAAGACGUCGAGCAAGCAGCCGCCAACUUGAAGACCCUCCUCUCCACAUCACCAAACUUCAUCACCUUAUCCUCCUCUUCAUCCAACGAUGACUGGACCUCCCUCGCCCACAUCCAAACCACCGCCCUCGCUGCCACUAAGGCAGUCCACGCCAAAUCUCCCCUCUCGCAUAAUAUGACCAAUCUCGUCGUCCAGAACUUUGCCGCCAACGUCGCCCUCGCGAUCGGCGCCUCCCCCAUCAUGUCCAACAACGGUGCAGAAGCGCCCGAUCUCGCAAAGCUCGGCGGCGGCCUCGUCAUAAACAUGGGCACCGCGACCCCCGACGCGCUCCUCAACCACCGCCUCGCCAUCGCUGCGUACAACGCCACAGGUAGUCCCAUCGUCCUCGACCCCGUGGGUGCAGGUGCUACUUCCGCACGGCGGGAUGCCUUGGCGUAUCUCCUGGCUUCAGGGUACUUCACGCUCAUCAAGGGCAACGAGCGGGAGAUCCUGGCCGUGGCGCAGGCCUCGGGGUUCACCGUGGUGUCGAAAGAGGCAAGCCAGCAGCGCGGCGUGGACAGCGGCGACGCAGUAUAUACCCUAGAACAGAGAGCGUACAUCGUGAAGCGUAUCGCCCUCCGCGAGCGCAAUGUCGUCCUCAUGACGGGCGCUACCGAUGUCAUCUCCGACGGCCACCGCACCUACGCCAUCUCGAAUGGGCACAAGUACCUGGGCCUGAUUACAGGCAGCGGGUGUACGUUGGGUACUACUAUCUCGGCGUACAUGGCCGCAUCCCCUGAGGACACAUUCAUGGCGGCUGUGGCGGGUAUCUUGCACUAUGAGAUUGCGGCCGAGGAUGCGGCCAUGGGCGAGGAUGUCCGAGGACCAGGAACGUUCAUCCCGCACUUUAUCGAUGCGCUGUUUAAACGGAGGAUGGAUGUCGUGGAAGGGAAGAACUGCGAGCCGCCCGAGGGGCUAAAGAUUCAGGUCAUGAGCGAUGUGCAGGAUGCUAGUUUGCUAAAGGAAUUGUGA